AUGGCAGAUCAAACAUCCCAGUCAUCCACUUCACCCUUAACACCUUCAACAGCCCAACUUACCAUGCGAAAGGCAGCAUUCCUUGCAGCCAAUCGUCAUCUUGCCACUCAGCCACAAACCGUCUCUCGAGUCGCCGGAAGACUCAAUGAGAAGAAGAGGCAAGAUGACAAAGAGGUGUUUGGGAGCAUCCUUAGCAACCUGGAGAAAGGAGGAGGACUGCCCGAGGCUGAGGUUGUGAACCAACCACUGCCUACGGAGGAGGUGACAGCGGAGGUGAAGGAAGAGGAAACAAGGAGAAGCGCUCUGGUCAUCGUGGAUCCUAAGGAGACUGCCAAUGCAGAAUCUAAUGAAGAACCCUUCAGAGUUGCAUUGGAAGAAAUGGUGGUUGAGAAGCAGCCGGAGGUGGCUGAAGAAAAGAAGAAGAAAAAAAAGAGCAAAGAAAAGAAGGUUGGAGAAGGUGAGCCAUCCCAUCAUCGCAAAGUAGAGAAAAAGACCAAAGAGAAGGAGGAUGAAAAAGAUGAGGAGGGCAGGCUGAGGAAGAGGAAAGAAAGAAGUGAAAGGAAAGAGCGCAGGUAG